AGUCACGUUGUAACAAUGACGACUACUGACAGUUGGCCUUGCUCCUCCUAUGGAAUGUACUUUAUAGCUAAUUACAGUGACCAAGCCUCACAAAAUUUCUCAAGAGUGCCAAAUGUUACUAUCUGUCCGAUGGAUGAAAAAUUACUAACUACGGUGUUAACAACGUUCUACUCUGUCAUUUUCAUCGUGGGACUGGUUGGGAACAUCAUUGCCCUCUAUGUAUUUCUGGGCAUCCACCGCAAAAGAAAUUCCAUUCAAAUUUAUCUACUUAACGUGGCCAUUGCAGACCUUCUACUCAUCUUCUGCCUCCCUUUCCGCAUAAUGUAUCACAUCAACCAAAAUAAGUGGACACUAGGUGUGAUCCUUUGCAAAGUUGUGGGGACACUAUUUUACAUGAACAUGUACAUUAGCAUUAUUUUGCUUGGGUUUAUCAGUUUGGAUCGCUAUGUAAAAAUUAAUCGGUCUAUACAACAAAGAAGGGCAAUAACCACCAAGCAAAGUAUUUAUGUUUGCUGUAUAGUAUGGACAGUUGCUCUUGCCGGAUUUUUAACUAUGAUCAUUUUGACGCUGAAGAAGGGAGGGCACAAUUCCACAAUGUGUUUCCAUUACAGAGACAGACACAAUGCAAAGGGAGAAGCAAUUUUUAACUAUGUUCUUGUGGUAAUGUUCUGGCUUAUUUUCCUACUGAUAAUCCUCUCAUAUAUUAAGAUUGGCAAGAAUCUACUGAGAAUUUCUAAAAGGAGGUCAAAAUUUCCGAAUUCUGGCAAAUAUGCUACAACGGCCCGGAACUCCUUCAUUGUACUGCUCAUUUUUACCAUAUGCUUUGUGCCUUAUCACGCCUUUCGAUUUGUCUACAUUUGUUCACAGCUCCAUGUGUCUUCUUGCUACUGGAAGGAAAUCGUUCACAAAACCAAUGAGAUCAUGCUGGUGCUUUCAUCUUUCAACAGCUGCUUAGACCCAGUCAUGUAUUUCCUGAUGUCCAGCAAUAUUCGCAAAAUCAUGUGCCAACUUCUUUUUAGACGAUUUCAAAGUGAAGCAAGCAGAAGUGAAAGCACUUCCGAAUUUAAGCCAGGAUAUUCCCUGCAUGAUCUAUCUGCGGCAGCCAAAACGCAGUACAAUACUAAGGGUAACUGAGGCAAAUGUGCUAAAAUGAAAUGGUAUAAGACAGCUUCUUCAAUCCUUGAGAUUGAUAAAAUUGUUGAAAAACUCUCUAGCAUGUCCAGAACCUUGAUCUUUAGAAGUGAUCUUUUACUUGCUUAAUUAUAAACUAGUUCAAGGCAAAAGCUUACAUUUAUCCUUAGAUUUUAUAGAUAUAUGUAGAAUCUUCUCAGAAUUUACUGUUAAGCUAACACUUUAACAAUG